CUCAGUUAUGGGCAUUCACACCUGGCUCCCAACAGCACCAUGAAGUUAGUGGGCAUCUUCCUCCUUGUGGGGGUCCUCACCCUCUGGAUGGUGCCACCAUCUUGGUCUGGCACAAUCUUACCCGUGCAACAAAUCCCCAGAGUGAAACCUGGGACCUGCCCAGUGGUUCCUUUCAGGUGCCAGAUGUUGAAUCCCCCUAAUCGUUGUCAAUCAGACAGCCAGUGUGCCGGGGCAGAGAAGUGCUGUGAAACUGGCUGUGGAUUGGGCUGUGUUCUAACUCAGCAAGCAUAACUUGCUUCACCAAUAGAUC